AUGAAUGAAGUUUCUCCUUAUACAAAUGCCGUAAUUCCUCCUGAUGACGAUGGAAAAUUAGUCAUAGAGCGAAAACCAUUGAAAUUGUCACCAUUAGAUGAUAGUCGUAAUCUUCGUGUACUUCUGCAACUUAUAUUUGCAUAUGAAUCAUUACUGGAUGAAUACGCAUUGAAACAAUCACUCUCAGCUACAUUAUCAGAUCAAUAUUUUUGGCCUCUUACUGGUCGCUUAAUGGAAAAUAAAGAAAAUGAAUUGGUGAUUGAUUGGGAUAGCAAUGAUGAGAAUGUUGGUAAAGUGCCUUUUAUUGCUGCUGUAUUCCGGGGCUCUGAGACUGUACGACAAUUAUUUAGUAGUAGACAACCCGAGGAAUUUCAAAACUGGAACUUUUUCUGGAAUGAUCAUCCGUUAAAGACAACAAACUAUACUGGAAUUCAUGGACCAUUACUCGCCGUACAAUUCACAAAAUUUGAAAAUGGAAGUGGAUGUGUACUCGGAGUACAGCUUCAUCAUUGUCUUGCCGAUGCUCGAUCAUUCUACAAUUUUAUGAAUUGUUGGUCAACAUUAAAUAAAAAUGAGACGCCGUUAAUAAAACCUCUCAAUAGCCGGAUCAUACAGUUUACUUCUUCGCCAUCCACAGACAUAUCUUUAACUAACCAUAGUGAAUAUCUCUUAUUGCCCACAAAGCCAGGAGUUUCGCCGAUAGCAAGAACAACAUUAGCAGAAACAACUAUUAGAAUGUUUCAUUUUUCUAAAGAAUAUUUAACUAGAUUAAAAUCAAUGGUACAAGCAAAAGUGCCAAAUGAGAAACUGUCUACAAAUUCAGUUCUAACAGCUCACAUAUGGCAAAAAGUCACCAAUGUAAGGCAAGUGAACGAAAACGAAAUUACCUUAUUAGGUUUUACGAUGGAUAUACGACAGCGAGUUAAACCAGCAAUGGAUCAAAGUUAUUUUGGAAAUGCUGUGAUUUAUGCAAUGGCAUCAGUACAUCAGUCUAAUGAUUUAAGUUUAGAACAAUUAGCAAAUACUGUGCAGCAAGUAACCUCAUCAACUGAACAAUCAACAAGAGUAAGCUCCACUCUUGAGUUUUUGAAUUACCACCAUCACCAAGGAAAUCUUUCGCGAAUAUUUAUCGGAUGGAAACCAUUCUAUGGAAAUGAUUUGUUUCUGAGCAGUUGGACACAAUUGUCUAUGUAUAAUGCAGGUGAAUUUGAACAUGGUAGAAGACCAAUAUUUGUGGGGUUUCCUUUUUCUCCAUUCACAGACGGUAUUGGUAUUCUAUGUCGGAGUUCUUUGGAAGAUGGUAGUAUAGAUUUAUUUUUAGGGUUACGUAAAGAUCAUAUGAAAAAUUUGAAUUUGUAUGAAAUUUAA